UGUAAUAUGCACCCCACCAAUCCCAAUAUUAGGCAUCGAAAGAAAUUCAAAGCACUCACCUGCCAGAAAAGAUCGAUCUAUCAACAAUGGACAACACAAUCGAAUUGGCAAAGUGUGAGUGCUGUGGAUUGAAUGAAGAUUGCACACAACACUACAUUUCUCAAGUCAAGGCCAAAUUCCAAGGCAAAUGGCUCUGUGGCCUCUGCUCCGAGGCUGUCCGAGACGAAUUCUCGUUAUUACUUGGUCGACCAAAGGCCAAAAACAUUAAUAAUCUUACAAACAAGCAGCAGUUUGGGGUGGAUGAUGCUGUGAGGGCACAUAUGUCUUUUUGCCGCAAGUACAACGCGAAUCCGGCCGAUUGCGUCGCCGACGGCGUGCGCCAAAUGCUCCGGAGAAGAUCGUCGUCGCACUCCUACGACGAUCAUAACCCUUCUUCUUCGUCGUCGUCUUCUUCGCCGUCGUAAUCAAUUAUUUUUUUUAACCUUUGUUAAGGUAAUAUAUAUGUGUGAAUAUGUUAUGUAUAAAGAUUCAUUCAUCUUUGCCUCUUUUCUUACAAUAAUUUACUCUUA